GAUCAGCGGGGCGGAAGUCCAGCAUUAUCCGCGGGGAAAACAGGAAGAAAGGUCUUCCUUCGAUUAGGACUUUAACAUCUCAAUUCAGAGGAAGACAGACAGUUCUUUAACGCGUUAGCACGGCAUGUGAUGUCAGCUGACAGCAGCAGAUGUAGCUGACAUCCUUCUGUCACAGCGGCCAAUGGCGGAGGUUUCGGCACUGAGCAGUGGUGCUCUGAUGCGCCGCGGGCCCUACAUCAGCAUGAUCACCAAUCGGACCAUGAACGUGCUGAUCCGUGCUGCCGUGCUCUUUAUGGUGGGCGUGUUUCUAGCGCUCGUGCUGAACCUGCUACAGGUGCAGCGUAACGUCACUCUCUUCCCUCCUGACGUCAUCAGCAGCAUUUUCUCAUCCGCCUGGUGGGUUCCUCCCUGCUGUGGAACAGCCGCAGCGUUGAUAGGUUUGCUGUACCCCUGUAUGGAUCGUCGUCUGGGGGAGCCGCAUAAGCUCAAGAGAGAGUGGUCUAAUGUGAUGCGCUGUGUGGCCGUCUUUGUGGGUAUAAAUCAUGCCAGUGCUAAGGUGGACUUUGCCAAUAAUGUGCAACUGUCAUUGACGCUGGCUGCCCUGUCUGUCGGCCUGUGGUGGACGUUCGAUCGUUCACGCAGUGGUUUUGGGCUGGGAGUUGUCAUUGCAAUACUUGCCACACUGGCCACCCAGCUACUGGUUUACAACGGAGUCUUUCAAUAUACCUCCCCUGACUUCCUGUACAUUCGGUCCUGGCUGCCAUGUAUCUUCUUCGCAGGGGUAAUAACUGUGGGGAAUAUUGGACGACAGCUAGCUCUGUACGAGUACAAAGUCAGUCAGGAAAAGACCCACCAGGAUUAAUGAAGAAUCCUCUGCACACACGGGAAAAUCCAGGAUAAAGGAGUGAGGAGUCAAGCAGGAGCACCAUGACUGACAGAGCCAGCCAUCAUUGAGGAGGAGCUGCUCUCUGUGUCUGAGGAUGGACAGUGUUAUGAUCUGUUUUCUGCCUCCUCAGGCGCUCAGGUUCUCUAAGUGUGUAACAGUAAGAUAUCAUGUCGUCUACACACUCUCAUACUGUCUUCGGCAGCACUGAAAUACUACCAGCUGCUAUAAAGUGCCAAACUGACUGACUGAUCAAACCGCAUGACUGGAGGCAAAGCCUGGUGUGUACAAGAUGGACAAAAUAUUGACUGAAUAUUUAGAUGCAUUACAUGCAGACACAAAACUGAAUCACAAGGAAUUUUCUAUAUGAUCUUCCUAC